CGCUCCGGAGCAAGCGGUCGAGAGGAGGUCCGGCAGCGAUCGCCACUGUGGCCUCCCAUCGAACCGAGAUUCGGAUGGGGGCUGCCAUUUCCCCAGGAUGUCCCGAGAGGAGAGGGGAGAUGCAGAUCGGCUGAGCCAGCGCCGUGGUACCAGAUGGCCGCCAGUCCUGUGCAGCGGCACCAAAUGGCUGCCAGCUCAGCCCCACAGCACAAGAUGGCCGCCACCCCAACCCCACAGCACAGGAUGGCCGCCAGCCCAGCCCCACAACCCAAGAUGGCCGCCAGCCUAGCGCCACAGCCCAAGAUGGCCGCCAGCCCAGCGCCACAGCCCAAGAUGGCCGCCAGCCCAGCCCCACAGCAUAAGAUGACCGCCAGCCUAGCGCCACAGCCCAAGAUGGCCGCCAGCCUAGCGCCACAGCCCAAGAUGGCCGCCAGCCUAGCGCCACAGCCCAAGAUGGCCGCCAGCCCAGCGCCACAGCCCAAGAUGGCCGCCAGCCCAGCACCACAGCACAAGAUGGCCGACUCAACGACACCGAUUCUCCAUCGUAGAGGGCGGAGGAGGAGACAGGCAGCUACUGUUCCUCAGGACCCGGAGAACGUUCCCGAGCGGGCCGCUGUCAUCCAUGAGGCCAUUCCCGAUGCGGUGCCCGCUGCUGUUCCGGAGGCGGUGGCUGAGGCUGUUCCCGAUGCGGUGCCCGCUGCUGUUCCGGAGACCGAGGCGGUGCCCGCUGCUGUUCCGGAGGCCGAGGCGGUGGCCGAGGCUGUUCCCGAGGCCGAGGCUGUUCCCGAGGAGGUGCUCGAUGCUGUUCGAGAGGCCGAGGCUGUUCCCGAGGCGGUGCCCGAUGCUGUGGCCGAGGCUGUUCCCGAGGAGGUGCUCGAUGCUGUUCGAGAGGCCGAGGCUGUUCCCGAGGCGGUGCCCGAUGCUGUUCCCGAGGCGGUGCCCGAUGCAGUUCCCGAGGCGGUGCUCGAUGCAGUUCCCGAGGCUGUUCCCGAGGAGGUGCCCGAUGCAGUUCCCGAGGCAGUUCCCGAGGCGGUGCCCGAUGCUGUUCCCGAGGCGGUGCCCGAUGCUGUUCCCGAGGCGGUGCCCGAUGCAGUUCCCGAGGCGGUGCUCGAUGCAGUUCCCGAGGCUGUUCCCGAGGAGGUGCCCGAUGCAGUUCCCGAGGCAGUUCCCGAGGCGGUGCCCGAUGCUGUUCCCGAGGCGGUGCCCGAUGCAGUUCCCGAGGCGGUGCCCGAUGCUGUUCCCGAGGCGGUGCCCGAUGCAGUUCCCGAGGCUGUUCCCGAGGCGGUGCCCGAUGCUGUUCCCGAGGCGGUGCCCGAUGCUGUUCCCGAGGCGGUGCCCGAUGCUGUUCCCGAGGCGGUGCCCGAUGCUGUUCCCGAGGCGGUGCCCGAUGCUGUUCCCGAGGCGGUGCCCGAUGCAGUUCCCGAGGCGGUGCCCGAUGCAGUUCCCGAGGCGGUGCCCGAGGCGGUGCCCGAGGCUGUUCCCGAGGAGGUGCUCGAUGCUGUUCGAGUGGCCGAGGCAGUGCCCGAUGCUGUUCCCGAGGCUGUUCCCGAGGAGGUGCUCGAUGCUGUUCGAGUGGCCGAGGCGGUGCCCGAUGCUGUUCCCGAGGCGGUGCCCGAUGCUGUUCGAGUGGCCGAGGCGGUGCCCGAUACAGUUCCCGAGGCGGUGACCACAAGGCCGUGGCGGUCUUCUGCUCCGCCCUGGGGGACUCUGGCGGUGACCACAAGGACGUGGUGGUCGUCCGCUCCGCCCUGGGGGACUCUGGCGGUGACCACGAGGACGUGGUGGUCGUCCGCUCCACCCUGGGCGACUCUGGCGGUGACCAUGAGGACGUGGUGGUCGUCCGCUCCGUCCUGGGGGACUCCGGCCUCGACCACAAAGAUGUGGUGGUCAUCUGCUCCGUCCUGGUGGACGCCUCAACAUGUCCUUCAUGGACUUAUGUUUUGUGUUUUUUGAGUUCUGUUUCUGUCUGUUCCCUUUAGUUUAGUCUGGCCCUCCUUCCCUCCCCCUGUACCUCCUCCGGUCCUCCUCCCUCCUGGUCUCCCUGUUUUAUGUUUACAUUUCUGGUGUUUGUUCCCCAUGUGUUCCUUUUCCGGCCCUCCGUCCCUCCCCCUGAGCCUCCACCUGUCCGCCUCCCUCCUGGACUCCUUGUUUUGUGUUGCACCUUUCCAUUUCUCCUGGUUGCUCAUGUCCCUGUUUUCUGUCCCUCCGUCCCUCCCCCUGGUCCGCCACCGUUCCACCUCCCUCCUGCCUCUUUUUCGGUUGGGGUUUUCCUGGGUUUAGGUGGAGCAUCUGGUAGCUGCUCCGUAGGGGAGGGGGUAAUGUCACGCUGCCAGUCUUUGUUUUCCUGGGUGUUCCCUAGUGAGCUCACUUCUCCUUAGGCACUUCACCAUAGGCACUUUAAUUCCGCUAGUCUGGUUGUGUCUUCACAGUAAUUGCACUCCAAUUAGAAUCGCACAGGUGUUGACAAUACUCUGUCAUUAGUUUCCCUAUAUAGAGCCGUCUUUCUCUGUUGUCAUUAUGGAGUCCUUACCCUAUGUGUCUCAUGCUCUCGUUCCCCAAGACUUCCUCUACCUUCUUGUUCUUCCGAGUUCCCCGUUUCAUCCGGUUCCCUCUUUUGGUUUUGUUUGUCUCUCAUGACUGUUUAUUUUGUAUUUACCCUUCUGUUUAAAUAAAACCCU